AUGACAUUUUGGCCAUUACAAACAAUGAUACAUGGUUUAUUAUCAUUUCCAUUUGAACGUGCAAUUAUUGAAAAAGAACGUGCAAGUGGAUCAUAUCGUUUAUCAUCUUAUUUUGUUGCUAAAUCAUUAGCUGAAGCACCACUCAAACUUGUUUUGCCAACAUUAUUUCUUAUCAUAGCUUAUUGGAUGGCAAAUAUCAAUUCAAACUUUGGAAUUUUUCUUGCUAUUCUUGUUUUUCAAUUAUUAUCAAUUCUUGUAGCAGAAUCACUUGGUCUUUUGUUAGGUGCAGCAUUUAAAAAUUUACAACAUGCAACAACAGUUGCAACUGUACUUCUUCUUGGUGUAUGGGGAAAAUGGUUAUCAUUUUUUAAAUAUUCUUAUGAUGCAUGUCUUCAAUUACAACUUAAAGGUGAACGAAUUUAUCAGUGUGUCGAUGGAUCAAUUAUUCCUUCAUGUCGAAAUAAUCCCAAUGGUACAUUUAUUAGUAAUGAAGCAACAGAAUUUUUUGAUGUUGGAAUCAGUAUUGGAUUAAACUUUUUAGUUCUAUUUCCAAUGUUUGUUGUUUUUCGAACACUUGCACAUUUUGCAUUACGAUUUAUUAACAAUCAUACUGGUCGUACAUAA